CUCCUCCUCUCUAAACCUCUUCAUUUUUUCCCUUUAAAUUUCUCAUUCUCUCUUCCUCUUUCUCUUUCUGCGUCUCUUUCUGAAUAUUUGAAUUUUUUCGUUUCAAAUCCUCAGCAUUGAAACCAAAAAUGAUCUUCAAAUAGCAUCGCCGAAGACUCAAAUCCACCCCAAUAUAAAGGACAAUCCAUUUUUUUUAGGCUCUCACAAAAAGGGGUGAAAGAAAGAUCGAAACUUGAACACUGAAACCACGUUGAAGUUGAAAGUGGCUGAAAGGGGUUAUGGAGAGUUCCGUUGGGGGAGAGAGGAGUGAACGCGUGGCACUUUCAGAGGUGGUGGCAGAUUGUGUGAAGCGGUGGUUCAGAGAUGCACUGAAAGAGGCUAAGGCAGGGGACAUAAACAUGCAAGUGUUGGUGGGUCAGAUGUACUACGGUGGUUAUGGGGUUCCAAGAGAUGCUCAGAAGGGAAGAGUUUGGCUGACCAAAGCAUCAAGGACUAGGUCUUCGGUUUGGAAAGUAGGUGAUAAGCACCCAGGUUAUAAUGCAAGUGACUCUGAUUCGGAUGAAUUGAAGGAGGAUUCAUAAGCAGGCAUAAUUUGGUUUCAUGCUAAAAAUGUAUAAGGUCUGCCCGGGGCACCUUACCCAUGCAAUAGCCAUCGUGGAUGUUCGUGUAACUUGCAGUUUCAAAUCUAGUUUUUGAUUUGUGUAUGAUUUGCUACUCUAAUUAUUAUUACUUUGGUUAUAGAGGGAAGGAAAAAUGAGUUAAUGCUCAUAGUUUGGAGGACAUGUAUAAAAUCAUUUUGGGUAUCGUGACUAUCAUGUUAAUUACUUGAAUGUAAUUUGUCUUAAUUAUAAUAUUUUUGAAGGUUAAGUUACGCCACCAUUUUUUGGA